AUGGGACUCGGGGAACUGGCUCUCUCGCAGCUGACGCUGGCCAAUGUCGUGCUGGGCGGCAUUGCUUAUAUCGUCCUAAAGUUCAUCUAUCAGAUUGUUUAUUACCGGUUCUUCCACCCGCUCUCGGUCUUUCCAGGUCCCUUCUGGGGAUCCGUCACCCGGCUCUGGAUCGCAUGGCAUAACCUGAAGGAGACGGAAUUGCCAACCAUCUAUGGCUUGACGAAGAAAUACGGACCUGUCGUUCGAGUGACACCUACACUGCUCCUUGUCAGCGAUCCCACCAAACUCCCUGAGAUCUACCAUCGCAAUGCCGACAAGACUGGUCACUACAUAACCGGCUCCUUCGGCGAGACCGAGUCGCUCUUCAAUAUGAGGUCGCACAAGACCCAUGCCGCGUUCCGCAAGCACGCCGCUGGACCGUACAGUUUCUCGAGCGUGAAGCGGAUGGAGCCGCUCAUCGAUGCCCGCAUUCGUGACUGGUCCAACAAACUCAAUGAGAAGUACGUCCAGACGGGUGAGGCGUUCGACUUCUCAUGGUGGGCUGUGUACAUGGCAUACGACAUCAUCAGCGAGGUCGGUUUUGGCGCUCCCUUUGGCUUCGUCGAGAAGGGCGAGGACGUUGGCGGUCUCAUCCAGGGUUUUCACGAUGGGCUCCCGGCAUUCGGUCUCCUCGCGCGUCUGCACCCUUUCACUAGCUGGAUGAAGACGACGUUCUUGAAGAAGUACCUGGUCGCAAAGCCCGAGGAUGACUCUGGAAUUGGUGUUCUCAUGCGCUUCCGUGAUGGACUUAUCGAGAAGCGAGUUCAGGAUUUGAAAUCCAACAAGGACAUCGGCCGCAUCGAUCUCCUGCAGACUUUCCUCGAAGCGCGCACAGAGGACGGCCAGCCCUUGACGAUGGACUAUAUCAAGGCGGAGAUUCUCCUUGUUCUGCUCGCCGGAGCCGAUACUACGGGCACUGUCUUCCAGGCGAUGAUCUACUACCUCCUCACCAACCAGAGCGUUUACGAGCGGAUGAUGGAUGAAGUCGACACAGCCAUUCGAAAGGGUCUGAUCACCGAUGAUGUGCCCCAGUACAUCGAGAUCCAGGAGCACCUCCCAUUCUUCGUGGCGAUCGUACGGGAAACCCUCCGAAUGUGCCCUCCCGCUCCAAACAUCUUCCCCCGCUACGUCUCCGAACCAGGACUGGAUUUGUACGGCAAGGUGGCGCCGGCUGGCACCGAGAUAACAGGAAACCCAUGGAUCAUGCACCGCGACGAGGCCGUCUUCGGCAAGGACGCAGAGGAAUUCAACCCGGACCGCUGGAUGGAUCCCGAGCGGGCGAAGAUCAUGAACAAGUACCUCUUUACUUUUGGGUACGGGGCCCGAGUGUGUUUGGGUAGAGAUAUUGCCAUGAUGGAACUGUUCAAGGGGCCACUUCAGUUCUUCCGUUACUACAAGCCCUACCCCGUCCAGGGGAAGCCAGAGGCUAAGUUUGUGAUCAAGGGAGGCGUGGGUUUCUGGCGCGACAUGUGGGUGAAGAUUGAGAAGCGCCCACUGGUUAAGCCAGAGUAA